CAAAAUAUGGCUUCCACACCCGGAAGAGCAGAAGGGAUUAUUUCCCUCUCUGAAAUUAUCAAUUUCGUCAAAAGUCACAAGGUUCUUGUUGCAUCAGCUGCAAUUUCAGCUGGUGUUUAUUACCUAACUAGGAGAUACUUUGCUGGAGGCAUUUGUAGGAGUACUGCUCAGCUGAAUGGAAAGACAGUGAUUAUCACUGGUGCUAAUUCAGGCAUAGGGAAGGAGACUGCUAAGGAAUUGGCAAAGAGAGGGGCCACUGUGAUAUUGGCCUGUAAAGAUCUGCUAAAGGCCGAGAGAGCUGCUGCAUACAUUAGAAAAGACUCGGAGAAUAAAAAAGUGGCAGUUAAAGUAGUUGAUGUGUCAUCAUUGACAUCAAUAAGGAAAUUUGUUGAAGAUGUGAAGAAGACUGUGCCUGAAAUUCAUGUAUUAAUUAACAAUGCAGGCAUCAUGUACUGCCCCAGAUGGGUUACAGAAGAUGGAUUUGAAAUGCAGCUUGCCGUAAAUUACCUCGGACCCUUUCUACUGAGCCAUUUACUUCUUGAUAUCAUGAAGAAGAGCGCUCCUUGCAGAAUCAUCAAUGUCUCAUCUCUUGCUUAUGAAAAUGGGAAGAUUAACCUCGAUGAUCUCAAUAGUGAACAUAACUACAAUGAAUUCGGGGCCUAUGCGCAGAGUAAGCUAGCUGUUCUCCUUUAUACAAGAGAACUCAGCAGAAGACUUCAAGGAAGUGGUGUCACAGUAAAUGCGGUAAACCCUGGUGUAACAAAAUCUGAGCUUGGGCGUCACCUGACUGGCACUAUGCCAUGGUGGCGAAGGAUCAUAAUCACACCUCUGAUAUGGUUGAUGUUCAAGACACCGCUACAAGGGGCACAGACUGCCAUAAAUUGUGCUGUGGCUCCAGAGCUGGAGAAAGUUAGUGGAAAAUAUUUUAGCGACUGCAAGGAAAAGGAACCAAAUGCAGUAGCCAAGGAGGAUGAGACUGGUCAGCGAUUGUGGGACAAGACAGUGCAACUUCUUCAUCUUGAGAAAGUUCCAGAGUUAUAACAAUAGAAAGACAGUGUCUCUACUACAGUGCAACUGCUUUAUCUUGAGCGAGUGCACAAAUAAGAAGUGAAAACGUCUCUAAUACAACGUACCGAGCACAAAAGUUCAAAAUAUGUGUGAACUUUGGCUAACUACUGCCACUUUGCGGUGAUAAAGUUCCUCAUUAAAAAAAUCUUUAGGCUUAGAGUACAUUUUGUAUUUUCAGUCAAGUGAUGUGCUGAUGAAGUUGCUUUGUAAAGACUUUGCUUGCGUGGCUUCAUGGUGCUUUGUAGAUUUGUGUAUAUUCUGUAUCGUAGUCCUAUUUAUUAAUUUGUCCAUUCUUUUGUUGCCAUACUUUAGAACAAUGUAUGAUAUAUUGAAAAUAUUAGAGGACAGAUUGUUCCCAUGGUCAAAU